AUGUCAAAAAGACCAGCCGAGCUGCCUCUGGAAGAGAACUAUCCCGGGUCACCUGCCUCGAAAAAGGCACGGGUCGAGGAUGACACCGAAGCCGAUUCCCGCAACGGCAGCGCGCCUGCGCAACAACUGAACGACCAGGAGGUGGGCGCAGACAGGUGCAACGGUGCAGAUAUGUCAAGAGCUGCGGAGCCAGAAGACCAGGAGCUGCAGGGUGGGAUGAAAGAUCUUUCAGAGUCUUCCGAUAUCGACGAAGAGGUCUCCGCCCUUAGUGCGCCCAAACGACAGGCUCAGCCCAUGGAAGGCUACGACGACCUCUAUCUUGACACUGUCAACCGCGGCGUGUUGGAUUUCGAUUUCGAGAAGCUCUGUUCGGUCAGCCUCUCGAACAUCAAUGUAUAUGCCUGCCUCGUCUGUGGCAAAUAUUUCCAAGGUCGCGGACCCAAGUCGCACGCAUAUUUCCAUUCCCUCGAAGACAACCACCAUGUCUAUAUCAAUAUGGGAACGAAAAAGGUCUAUGUCUUGCCGGAGGGAUAUGAGGUCAAGAGCAAGAGUUUGGAGGAUAUCAAAUAUGUGGUCGAUCCCGUUUUCACAAAAUCGGAGGUCGUAAAGUUGGAUAAGGAAGUCCAUGACGCCUGGGACCUCUCGGGGACAAGGUACAGACCAGGAUUUGUCGGUAUGAAUAAUAUCAAGGCCAACGACUACCUGAACGUUGUCGUCCAGCUUUUGGCGCAUGUUCAUCCUAUCCGAAACUUCUUCCUUCUUCACGAAUUCCCGACACCAGGUACUCCUGAACUCGCCCUCCGCUUUAGUACUCUUGUGCGCAAGCUCUGGAAUCCCAAGGCAUUCAGGUCUCAUGUUUCACCACACGAACUGCUACAAGAGAUUGCAAUGCGCUCAUCGAAACGCUUCACCCUCAGCCAACAGUCCGACCCUGUGGAGUUCCUAUCCUGGUUCCUGAACAAUCUCCAUCUCUCUCUAGGCGGAUCCAAAAAGCCCUCUUCCACACCCACGAGUGUCGUUCAAGCUGCCUUCCAGGGUCAGCUUCGCAUCGAAAGUCAGGCUAUCACCGCUCACUCCGAUACCCAAAACGCUCGCCUGGUGUUCACAGAAUCUGGUGACAUCAAAAGUCAGGUCACGCCCUUCCAAAUCCUCACACUCGACCUUCCUCCAACUCCACUCUUCCAAUCGGCAAACCGGGAGUCCAUCAUUCCACAGGUGCCUUUGACCACUCUACUGAACAAGUAUAACGGCCGCGAGGCUUCCGAAAAGAUGGCGCAUCGUGUCCGACACCGCCUCCUUCAUCCUCUCCCACCCUACCUCUUUUUCCAUAUCAAGCGUUUCAGCAAGAACCGCUUCGUUAGCGAGCGUAACCCUACUAUUGUUACUUUCCCCUCCCCACGUUCCCUCGACAUGUCACCGUAUGUCGAGCCCAACCCAUCUAUCUGCCCACCCAGUGAGCCCAUUCUCUACGAUCUCGUUGCCAACAUCAUCCUUGACCCGUCUCUCGCCGCACCUGGUGCCACCGAAGAUGCAGCUGAUAAGGGUGUGAACGCUGCUUCUGGUGCUGGUGGCUCCUCGUCCGGAGCAGGUGCUGCCACGGAGAAGGUGUCUUGGCUUGUCCAGCUACACGAUAAGGCCGUAUCCGCAGAAAACGCACGCCAUACCGGUGGUGCGGAGCAGCAGCAACGCAACGCGGAGUGGCUUGAGGUCCAGGAUCUUUUCGUCAAGCGUGCUGAGACAGAGACUUUGUUCACACGCGAGGGCUACUUGAUGGUCUGGGAACGGAGAAAAGCUCCUGCACAGAAGGCGAAAAAGUAA